CUCGUACUCCGUUGACGACGGUCGCGCGCGCGCAACGUGUUUUUAUUUGUAUUUUGCGUUCCCGAUAAGUUACUCCUUUGGCUCUACCAACAGUCUAACUCGUGUGACUUUCCUCUUACUUGUAAAUAACAAAAAGUUGGUUCCGUUCGAGACUUUCUGUCUUGUAAGACUUAAAACUGGCUUGUGUUAGAAAUUUGUUUCGGUCUCGACGCGCCGGUACAUAGUGGAUGAUAGAGCGUUUAGAUAGUUUUUAGUGUGAUCAAAAGUGAAGUGUUGGACAUUCGGAGAAUGUCCGUCGGUGAUCGUGAUUGCAGGAGCGACUGAUGCGUUUCAGUCGUCAUGAGACGCCGCUGGUCUAACAACGGAGGAUUCCCGUUGCGUAUGCUCGAGGAGAGCUCAUCUGAAGUUACGUCUUCAUCUGCUUUGGGUCUAUCGGCGGCUAUGGUUAUGUCCCCAGAAUCGCUCGCCUCGCCUGAGUAUGGGCUCGAGCUUUGGGGUUACGACGAUGGAAUUAGCUAUAACACGACACAAUCCCUGCUGGGCACACAUUGCACAAUGCAGCAGCAGCAACCUCAAACACAGCCGUUGCCAUCUAUGCCGCUACCGAUGCCACCCACAACACCAAAAUCUGAAAAUGAAUCAAUAUCAUCAGGCAGGGAGGAACUGUCACCGGCAUCGAGCAUAAAUGGCUGCAGCACGGAUGGCGAUGCACGAAGACAGAAGAAAGGUCCGGCGCCGCGGCAGCAGGAGGAGUUAUGCCUCGUCUGUGGUGACAGAGCCUCGGGGUAUCAUUAUAAUGCACUCACGUGCGAAGGCUGUAAAGGGUUUUUCCGACGGAGUGUCACCAAAAAUGCAGUUUACAUAUGCAAGUUUGGUCACGCCUGUGAAAUGGAUAUGUAUAUGCGAAGAAAAUGUCAAGAAUGCCGAUUAAAGAAGUGCCUAGCGGUGGGCAUGAGGCCCGAGUGUGUGGUCCCAGAACCCCAAUGCGCAUUGAAAAGAAAGGAAAAGAAAGCACAGAGAGAAAAGGACAAAUUACCAGUUAGCACAACCACAGUAGAUGAUCACAUGCCACCAAUUAUGCAGUGUGAUCCUCCUCCGCCUGAUGCAGCCAGGAUCCUGGAAUGUUUGCAGCACGAAGUGGUCCCGCGGUUCCUAUCUGAGAAACUCCUGGAACAGAACAGGUUGAAGAAUAUUCCGCCUCUUUCGCCCAACCAGCAGUUCUUGAUCGCCAGGCUCGUCUGGUACCAAGAUGGGUACGAGCAGCCUUCGGAGGAGGAUCUCAAAAGAGUCACACAGACUUGGCAACACGGCGAGGAGGAUGACGGGGACACAGACUUGGCCUUCCGUCAGAUCACAGAGAUGACCAUUCUGACCGUGCAGCUCAUAGUGGAGUUCGCUAAAGGUCUACCCGGCUUCGGGAAAAUCUCGCAACCAGAUCAAAUCACUCUGCUAAAGGCGUGCUCGAGUGAAGUGAUGAUGCUGCGCGUGGCUCGGCGGUAUGACGCCAGCACGGACAGCAUUUUGUUCGCAAACAACGAGGCGUACACUCGUGACAACUAUCGCAAAGCGGGCAUGAGCUACGUCAUAGAGGAUCUGCUGCACUUCUGUCGCUGCAUGUACGCCCUGUCGCUGGACAACGUGCACUACGCGCUGCUCACGGCCGUCAUCAUAUUCUCGGAUCGGCCUGGGCUGGAGCAGCCCAACCUGGUGGAAGAGAUCCAGAGGUACUAUCUGACCACUCUGCGGAUGUACAUCCUCAAUCAGCUCAGCGCGGCUCCGCGCUGCUCCGUGCUGUUCGGCAAGAUCCUGUCUAUCCUCUCGGAGGUGCGCACGCUGGGCAUGCAGAACUCAAACAUGUGCAUAUCCCUGAAGCUGAAGAAUCGGAAGCUGCCUCCCUUCCUGGAGGAGAUCUGGGACGUGGCGGACGUGACGUCGCAGCCACCCGCGCUGCUGGACCACCCGACCGAGCUCUAGCCCCCAGGGCUGCGGGGGCCCGAGGGGCCGAAGGGGCCGCGGGGGCCGAGGAGAGAGCGCUCACAGACUGGCUAGGUUAAGUGGAGUGACUUUACGUGCUGUUGGACGUUCGGAGUCUAUUGGCGUCGUUCCGCGACCGGACUCGACGCGUUCGUGAGAGUUAUAUCUGAUAUAUAGAGUUCUAUUCGAAAGAGUUGAUAGUUGUGUUUGUUUACCGAAAUUCACCUUUUCGAUUGUAUAUUCGUAUAUUCGCUCGGCGGACUUUGUUGAUCUUUACUGACCGUUUGUUUCUAUAUAGUUUAUGUCCCGCGUUACGUCCCUUCUCCUGCGCCCGUGUCCCGAUUUAUUUUAUUAUCGCUGUGAUUACUUUAGAGUUCGAUGCAGACAGUUUCGGUACAUCCCUCUGCAGCUCGGAGGGACCUCGGCCGGGGUGACCCCGACCAUGGAUAUCUUCGUGACGUGGCAAAUCGCUGCACAUCCGACACGAUCGGUCGAAACCAGUUUUUUAAAUGUUUAACUUGGGCAUUUCACGAAACGAUCGGCCACGUCGUGAAGCAAUCUACAAUCGGGUCCCGACAUUUCUACCUUAAACGUAAGAAUUCGUUAAAUUCGAGCGAAGUCCCUCACCUCUAUACAUAAGUUAGAUAAGGUUUGUGGGUGAUACGUUUUCUAAUUACUUUUCAUCGUUCGCUUACUGCACUUCGGGACGCCGGAACCGCUCCAAACGAAGGAGUCAAGCCGUCGAUUUAACGGGCCGUUUUCUUUUGCGCGGGUGUUUUCUCGCAUCUACACAUGACACUCAUUUAAGAGAAAAAUUCAAGGAAUCCAAAUCAUCAUCGAAUCUUGUUAUGAUGAUUUCGUGGCAAAAGUAUGCGCAUUUCACUUGGAGGAUUUCACUUUCCCGACUGGGAGAAGAAAGACAAAUUCAUAGAUUAAUUAUUAUUGUGUGCAUCUGCUCACUAUUGCUCAUUAUUGCUUAUUAUUGUUUUUAUUGUGCGGCAGCUGUUGAGACUGAGAGAGUUUCGCUAAAUUAGAGUAAAACAUUACGCUAAGGUUACGUUAAAUGUGUUAUCUGAGAUAUCACACAUCUCGUAAUUGGCAGCUGAUUAGAGUUACUGGAGCGGUAGUCGCAAAUGCACACGAUACGAGAGAAUUACAAUAAUUGUACUGCCAUUUGAAACACACGGAAUGCCUUAUUUCACGUUACCUGUACUCAAGUACCUUCAUUGUUGAGAAUGGAUAUCAUAGUAUAUAGAACAUAAUUAGUCGAUCUCAAUUACCCGUAAGCGUGCUUAAGCAGAGUGAGUGUCACCCCGCACCAUCCCUAACGCUUGAGUACCGUCGAGGCGUGUUUGAGGUUUUGGAAAUGCAUUUCUAGUAUACGUGUGAAUCCGCGUGUCACGAUCGAGCUAGCACCGCGGGCCGCGCGCUAGUCCGCUCGACGACAUCUUUUCGACUCGUAUUUAUAAUUAAGCCGUAGAGGUAGACGACCCAUAGUAGUAAUCGAAGCACAAACGCCACGGAGCGCCUCGGACGGAUCGGGCCUCGGGGCGUAUACGACACACUGCCAUUUUAUGUACGUAUACGUAGCACGGUGCGAGCGAGAGCGCGGGCCUUCGCCGUAACUUUCGCUGCGAUCCAUGCCUUAAGACUCGGAGCGAGUCGAGACAACCAAAACUGCCAUUCGGUUAGCGGUCGACGGACUCCGUCGGUGCGCAGCCGGUCGUGUUUGAUACGUAUUAUUCGAUUUCGAAAUUGUAAUAGAUUUAUUAAGUGUAAAAAUCUCGUCGGAGAUGAGUACCGUAAUGUAAUUUGUGUCUUAGCCGUUAACGGAAGCCGAGUUAGUAUCGCCGAGGGUCGUCGAAGACGGCACCGGAGCGCCGCGUGGGGCUCGGGACGGACGGGACGGGUGGGACGGGAACGUCGAGACGGCCUUCCGUCGACGUCGGCCCUUCUUCGACGUGGAGUAUUUGAUUUUCGAAUCGGGGGCGAGGGUCGCGAGAAAUGGCGACCGGUCUCGACCGCGUGUCCAUUUUUACUGUAUAUAGGUACCUCUAGAUUUUAUGGUCGUAUGUUUGACAUAUGUUUAAUUUUAUUCAUCUAAUAAAGUACAGAUGGCUGUUGUUAUUUUUAUAUUAUUUGGGUAGAAUAUAUUUUUUGUAAAUGACCUCUGUAUUUAUCUUUUGUAAGCUUUGUGAGGCGCGAGAGCGCCGAAGAGUAUUUUGACCGACGGACGAUUUCUUCGUUCCGACAGAUGUUUCUCGAUGCUUUGUUUCUUCAGAGUGCAAUAUGUACAAAUAAUUACGUAGAAAUACGAUGUACAGUCAAGUUUAGUUUUAAAGGCGCAAUGCGAUUCGCUCUCGGGUUCGUCGUACACUGGAAGCAUAAUAGGCCCUAUCACACUUUACGUGUUUUCUUAUACUUAAGCGAUUAAUUUUACAUAGGCGGACUAGGUGAUGUUCGUAUUAAAAUUUGCUAAUUUUUGUAGCAGAUUAGACUCGUCCUCUCGACGAGACGAGUGAUGUACAUUUUGAAUUGACUUCAAGUGAUUAAGUUAUUAUUUUAGAAACGAAUUUUUCUUAUUGAUAAUUCUGACUGGCAGCCUCGCAGCCAGUUCGCUGAUACCAGUGUGAUCGUGCAAUGUCCAUUAGAGAAAUAAACAAUAUUGAAGUGUAACUCCUCGCACUCUCGCGCAGCCUCUGGCGGGUGCCGCGUCGGAUGUCACCGGAAGGCUGAUUCGAGAGAUAGGAUCCCAUUCCGUGUUCUUGCAUAUUGUUUCGUUUUCUAUGUAACUUUUUUUUCAUCCUAACACUACGCCUUAGUGAAUCCCCUAUUUUAUAAUUUAACUACAGUGGUGAGGAGAAUUAGUUAUAGGGAACAGACAUGACGAAUGUGUUGAAGUUUUAGAGAGACAACUUUUAUAAAAGAAACUAUCUACAAAACAAAUGAUUAAAAGGUGUACAAAACGAGGAAAUUUGUAUGAAACAUUGUUAUGCGAAUAAACUUACACCUCAACAU